CCAAAACGAUCCAGAGUAGACUAUAAUGCAGUCGAUGACAGUUGUGUGAUCCGUGAAGUGAAUAAAACGAGAAGCUCCACCACACUCGCUCCGUCGCAGUUCACGGCCAGCGAACUUCCAAAGGCCUCCCUCGUCGAUUCUUCACAAGCCAACUAUCGUCGAUCUCCGGCCAUCGGAAUCCAUGUUUCCCACCGAGUCUGUCUGCGCGACGGCCUUCUUCUUCUUCUUCUUCUUCUGGGCUGCCAUCCUCUCGGCACCGGUCGCCUCCUCUGCUGGCGAGGAGGGGUCGCCGUCGGCGUACGAGGUGCUCCAGUCGUACGGGUUCCCGGUCGGCCUCCUCCCGAAGGGCAUAAUGGGGUACGAGCUGGACGAGGCCACCGGCGAGUUCACGGCGAGCCUGAACGGGACGUGCAGCUUCACGCUCGAGAACUCGUACCAGCUCAAGUACGAGCGGAGCAUCGAGGGGGUGAUCGAGAGGGAGAGGCUGAGGAGGCUGAAGGGGGUGAACGUGAAGGUGACGGUGGUGUGGCUGAGCAUCGGCUUCCUCCUCUUCUUCUUUGUCGUCUUCGUAGGAGGUGUCUUCGUGGUUCGAGUCUGGAAACAAACGAUGGAUGCAUGGGCGGUCGUUGGAGUCUCUUUUGUAAUUCCAUUGCAGCAAACUAGCUCGGUUUUGUGAAA